AUGUCCUCUCUCCCUCCCAUCAAGACCUCUCCGUCGCCGGUCAGUCGGAAUCGCAGCUCCUUUCUCUCCAAGUUCCGUUCCCCACUUGGCAAUCGCAAUCGCAGCAUCACCGACUUCUAUAUCGAUCCCGAUGACCCGUGGCGCUCAUAUUUUCCCGGAGAUGUGAUUAAAGGCACUGUCAUUGUGACGGUUGUGCGGCCGGUUCGCAUUACACAUAUCGUGGUCUGUUUGCAUGGAUACGUGAAGGUUUUCAAGAACGCGGUCCCGGCCGGCGAAGUGGCUCCCGAUUUGGGAUUUCUUGGACCGGGCCGUGGCCGGCGAGGUGCUGAAUAUAUGGGCAAUGGCCUGGCCACCUUGUUCGAAGAUGAAGUUGUUCUCUGUGGCGAUGGCCGUCUCAAAGAGGGAAUCUACAAGUUCCGCUUUGAAAUGGGGCUGCCUCCAUAUGCCCUGCCCAGCAGUCUCAACUUUGAACGAGGUACCAUUGGAUAUGCUUUAACAUCAACCCUCACCCGACCGACAACCAUGAACCCUACAAUAUCCUGCCGAAGACGGGUCAAUUUCCUCGAAAAUAUUGAUAUUGCACCCUUUCCCGCGCCCAAAGCCCGCGUUGUCACGCUUGAACCGAUUUCGAAGCGCUCCAAAUCCAAGGCAAAAGCCAAGUCAAUAAACUCCGACGCGACUGCAGCACCGGAUUCCGCCUCUAUAGAUACCCCCGUCAGCGGUGCGGCUGGGUCGGUGGAUAAUCGUCCGCCUCUCAGUCCCUCCCCAAGCAAUGUCAGCUCCUCCAGCCGUCCGAGUGAGAGCAGCCAAAGCUUUCAGAUUGUGAGCGACCCGGGCUCCUCGACAAGCACCGGAGGCCGAAAUAGUGAAGGUCGCAGUGCGACCCCUUCAAUAUCAGAUAAGACGAUUACCGCAAAGGCCGAGGUUUUGCGCGCAGGCGUGCUACCGGGUGAUACUUUGCCCAUUAAAGUUACGAUCAACCAUUGCAAGCAAGUGCGCAGCGCGCACGGCAUCAUCGUUACUCUCUACCGGCAGGGCCGUAUUGAUAUGCACCCAGCGAUUCCUAUCGGUAAUACAGCCGCCGGGAAGAAACCUGUUUAUGAGGACUGCUAUCCACGCUCAAGGACUGGCCUGGGUGGAUUGACUCUUGGCACAAGUCGAACCAGCAGCACGUUCCGUAAGGAUCUGUCGCAGACAUUUGCACCGCUGAUCGUGGACCCGAGCAACAUGACCGCAAUUGUCAAAACAUCCAUUCGAAUCCCCGAAGACGCGUUCCCCACUAUCACUCGCGUGCCCGGUGCAAUGAUCAACUUUCGAUAUUAUGUCGAGGUCGUGGUAGACCUGCGAGGCAAAAUCACUUCCCCCGAUCGGUUUAUCCCGCGGUUCAAUAUGGUCUCUGGUGGGAGCACGUUCUCGCCCAGCGGUCAAAUCCUUAACCCGGCAGAUGCCAACGGAAGUGGCAUCACGGCCAACUGGGCUGGUAAUAUCCUAGACACGGACCAGAUUCGCCGAGAGAAAGGUGUCGUUUCAAUGGCAUUUGAAGUUGUUGUUGGAACACGCGAUACUCAGCGUCGCCAAGCUACUAUUGAACGCACGCCAUCCAUGGCUGCCGACUCGACCGCAUCACAUCCGACACCUCAAGCUCAUUCUGCAUUAGUCAAUCCCAUUGAUGGAGAAGAGUGGCCCGAAGCAAGCCCAAUGCCAACCUCCCAUGCUGACUAUGGCGGCCAAGAAGAUUACGACUACGGUUUCCCCCAAGAGGGCUAUUGGUCAGAGUAUCCUGAGGAUUACUCACAAUCGUUCCAACCGAACGGCCCAAUGACGGCGCAUCCGGAGGUGGACGAGCCUGCAGAUGAAAAAGCCAGGUUACGACGCCAUGAAGAAGCUCUUCUGCCCAGCCAACCACCAGAGGAAGAAGAGGCAGGGCCAUCCAAUGCGGCAGUAGCUGUGCCGACCGCGCCAGUCUUGCCUGACGACCACCACCUGCAAGACUACGAGCAUCUACCGUCACCGGUUGCCAAUGGCGUGCCGCAUGUCGUGCGGUCUGCUGAAUCGUUACAGACGGUUGUCGUUGCCAAUGGUCAUGUCGCAGGCCCCAGUGAACCCCCGACGGCCGCAGACGACAAGCAGGAGCUCGAGCGACAACGGCUUAUGCAACAGACCAGUGCCCCUAGUGCUCCUCCCGAAGAAGAAAAUGGCGAGCCUAGCGAGGCACCAUCUGCCCCUACGGCACCCAACUUUGAUGAAGAUGACCAAUUGGUGGGCGGCACGGCGCAUGCGGACGAGUCUCUACCUCGGUAUCAGCGAUGA